AUGGCCCAUAUUCCUAAUAAUGUGUCUGUGUUGGUUGAAGAGUUAAUAGAUUGGAAUUCAAGAACUUGGGAUUUGAGUAGCAUUUCUCAUCUUAUUUCUUCUGAAGUUGAGAGGGGUAUUAGGAGGAUACAGAUUGGGAGGAGGUUUGGGUGUGACAUAUUUAUUUGGCCAGUUACAAAGAAUGGUGUAUUCACUGUACGCAGUGCUUACCAUCAUAUUCAUAAGCCUCAUGUGAUUAGGAAUACAGGGGCUGGCCAAUCUCAUUCUAUCAACAAUAAGUGCUGGAAACUCUUAUGGAAAUUGCCUACUUUUCCUAAAGUCAGACACUUUUUAUGGAGGGCUUUAUCUUCGGCUAUUCCUACUUUCUUAGCAUUAUUCAAGAGGAAGAUAAAAAAUUCUCCUAUGUGUCCAAUGUGUGGCCUGAUGGAGGAAUCAAUGGAACAUAUACUUUUUCUGUGUCCGUGGGUUGAGACUGUCUGGUUUGGUUCUUCUUUGGGCCUUAGAAUUGAUAAACAAGCAUUCACUACUCUGGACAAUUGGUUUCUACAAUUCUCUUCAAGUUUCUGUAUCAAAAAUGAUAGAGUUUGGGCACUUACAAUGGCUUGCUUCCUGUGUUGGUCAAUUUGGAAGGCACGGUGUAACUUCAUCUAUCAAGCCACACCAUUGAACCCGGCAGUGAUUAUCAAAAAGGCCAUGGACACCGCGUCAGAUUUCUUUGGAACACAGUGCACUACAAUAUUUUCCAAGCCCGAUCGCUUGCCUGCUACAUGGUCUCCUCCCCAAAUUGGCGUCGUUGCUGUUAACACUGAUGCUUGUUGGGUGGAUGACUUCAAGGGAGGAUUUGGGGUGAUUGCCCGAAACCAUCAUGGCAUAUUGGUGGGGGGAUUGGCUGGUCCUCUGAGAACCGAAUCGGCUCUAAUGGCAGAAGCUCUGGCGCUGCUUGCUGGGGUCAAGAUGGCAAUGGAUCUGAACUUGAAAGUAGUUGACUUUAGAUCAGACUCUAAAAUGGUGAUCAGUGAGCUUCAAUCCCCUCUCACUUCCCCUUGCAGGAUAUGGCGGAUCGCUGUUAUUAUUGAUGAGAUAAGAUGGCGAUCUGAGUACUUCGAUCAUGUCAACUGGACUUGGUCUCCCCGAGAAGCUAAUUGCGCUGCCCAUGCAGCUGCACAGCUUGGUAAUAAGAUGUUGGGCUCCCACAACUGGUUGGAGACUCCCCCACCAUCCCUCACUCUGGUUCUCAGAAACGAUGGCUUACCUUGUCCUCAUGUUGCUUGA